GAUCGAUAGGAUACGAAGUUAAACGUACUCCAGCGACUUGUAUCUCAUAGUGUGCUGUAUGAUAAUGAAGGAAAACAAAAGCUAAGCGUUUAAAUUUCAGUGAAGUUCUUGUAUUCUUGUAGGCCUUGUAGGCGUUGUACGGUGAUCGAAGUACUGCAUGAUUCUGACUAUAAACGCUACUUAAGAUAUGGGCUGUUGUUAUAGUUGUAAAGAGGAUGGCUCCACGCAGGGUGGCGAAGUCAGUGAAAGGACACACUUGUUGGUAGAUCCUGUUAGCAAUAAUACAAAUAUUCAGAGAGUCCAAAGUGAUGACUUUAUUGGAUGUUAUUCAUCUUCCUUGCCAAAGAAGACUGAUGAACAGUCUGCUCUUAAUCGAAUCCUUCAGGAAACAGCAACUAAUGUUAUAGAUGUAGCAGCCUUGGAUUCACACAAUUUGGAACAGCAUGAAUAUCUGGAUAGAGUGAAGCAUUAUACCCAAAAAUUACAAUCCAUGUCUCGAUGGACACCACCUCGACGUCCACCAUGUCUCCUUGUGGACAUUCCAGCUCCAGAGAAACUGCUAGCAUCAGAACCUUUAACACAGCAAGAUAUGAAUUUGAUCACCACAACUGUAGAGGAGGCAAAUGCAGCUCUUGCAGAACUCCGAGUGGAACAUAAAGAAGACUUAGUUGUGCCAUUCAGAAUUCCUUGAGAACCCACAACCAAGGCAAAUCUUGUACAUUAUGGAUGCAGUAAAGAAUGGUUGAUAUCUGCCUCAAUUUUUCUGUGGGCAUAUAAAGGAUGUUCAAUUUGUGAUAUAACGGGCAACAUUUAUAUUUAAUGUAUAUGUAUAUAAUUCCUAACUGAAUGAUGUGAUAAGUGUACAAGCUGGGUGAAAUUGCAGACACUUUGAAGUUAAUGUAUAUCAUGUGACAGCUCGUCAUGUUCAUUGAAAUUGACAUUAAGCAUUAAGAAGUGACAUUCUCUCUAUGUUAGUAUGUCUGAUUGAAAAGGGUUUGUGUGUUUUUAACCCUUAGUAGAAUAUGUAAUCAUGUUUUUUUUAACAUCUGAUUACAUAUUAGUGUUAAAAACAUGGCACACGUAAGGUUCAUUAAAAUAUUGUUAUAAUGAACCUUGCAUCAGCAUUUUGAUACUAGAACUGCUUAAGGGAAAGAACUUUUAUGAGCUUCUGGUUGAAACAUGUAUGUGACUGAGAUUGCUGUUUGGAUAUUGUUUGUCUGACUUGUACUUUGGCUAAAGGGAUUGAAUUUAAUAGCGAUAACAAUGUGAGGUGAAAGCAUAGUUCAAUUAUGUGAGUGUAACUGGUGUGUAAUUAAAUCUUGUGAUAUUUGUGUUAAAGGCUUAUUUUGGAUUCAUUUUCUAAUGAUUUUUUUUAAUUGCUCUUCAGUAUGCUAUGCAACAUUUUUGUCACUGAUAUUAUUAAAGUUACUACCAUCCA